GGGCAAAAACCUGGGAGUUGUCCUUGACUCUGCUUUUCCCUUGCCUGCGUGUCAUCUGCCAAUCAGCAAAUCUCAUGCGUCUAUCUUCAGAACACUUCCAGAAUCCGGCCCUAUCUCACCACCUCCCUUGCUACUGCUCUGAUUCAUGCCAUCACCUGCCCUUACCUGGUCUGUUGCAGUGGCCUCCUCUCUGGGCUCCUUGCCUCUCACCUGGAGCCCACAGUCGGGGGUUCCUGUUGAAACAAAAAUCAGAUCAUGUUGCUCCCUGGUCCAGGCACUCCCACACUUGCUUCUGCUUUGCACAGUACAAGACCUUGCCAAGCCCACAGGACACCACCUGAUUCGGCUCUCCCUCCAGCCUGCCCUCAGACUCCUGCCAUUCUCCCUCGUUGACACUGCUUCAGCCACCCUGGCCUCCUUGUUCUUCGGACAAAGCAAAUACCUUCCCAGCUGGGGAAUGUCCUUGCUGUGCCCUCUGUCUGGACAGUGUUCCGUCUAGAUGUCUACAUGGCUUCUUCCUCACUUCCUUCAGGUCUCUGUUCAAAUGUCAUAUCCACAGACCGGCCCUCGCUGACCACCCAAGCUGAAAUAGCUCCUGUUACUCCCUGGCCUCUUAUCACCUGGUUUUGGUUUUCUUCAGUUAAACACCACUUACCCAACUUAUAUUAGGGUUUGUUUAUAUCCCCUGGCUUCUUAGAUUCCCAACCCCCACUAGAGUGUUGACUCAAUGAGAAUAUAGUCCCUGGAAGGGCCCAUAGGGCCCUAAAAAAGUGUUACUUAUAUCAUCAUCAUCACCAUUUCUUGGUGGGGAGGAGAGACUCCCUGUGGUAUAGGGCAGGGUUGUUGAGCUGGGAGAGUCUUGUGUGGGGUGGUGGGGUCAGGAUGGGGUAAUAAACUGGGCAGACUGUGGUAUCCAGGGGCAGAAGCUCUCAGAUCUCAGUGCCGGGGGAUCUUGUAGAAAAUGCAGAUUCCUGCCCCCCCCCCCGAAGUUCUACUUCUGUAGAUGUGGGAUCAUGCCCAAGAUCCUGCAUUUUUUAAUUUUUAAUUUUUAUCAAGCACCCGUGUUCAUGCUGAAGGUCUGCAUUCCUCACUUGAAGUAACAGACCAGUUUGGAGCUUGGACUGGAGCUCUUUCAUCAUUAAACUCCCCCUCUGGGGCUACCCCUCCACUGGGCAGUGCUGGGGACACUGGUGAUUGAGACAGUUCCUUACCUAGCUUGGGAGUCAGAGAGGGCAUGUGACAGGAAUGGACAUUGGAGCUGGGACCUGGUGACACAGCAAUGAACUGAGGGCAGAGGACCUUGCCUGUAUAUCCAGUGCCUAGAACCCCAUUUCCUGGCCUGUCGCAUAAAUUCACAAGUAGUCCCCAAUCCGUGCCAGGCCCAGGGUGCUGAAGGUACAAAAACAAUCAAAAUGGCUCUGCCUUUUUGGGCUUCUGGUCUGUCAACUAAUCGUCAGCUAGUUGCACAGAUGGUGGACAGUUGACCGGGUGCCAGGCACUGUUUGAAACUCUGUACAUGUAUUAAUUACUCUAAUCUCCACAAUCAUCCUAUGUGAGAUGGGAGCUCUUAUCAUCUCCACUUUACUGAUGGGAGAAGGCCCAGAGAGGCGAAGUGCCUUGCCCUGGGCCAUAUUGUGGGUAAGUGGAGGAGCAGGAGCUGAACUCAGGAGUCCCUGUCCUGCAGUGUGUGUCAUGCUUAAGGUACCAGGCCACACGUAAGGAUUGGUGCCUGGAGGGAAAGCAGCAGAGAAUUAUGGGAGGAAACAGAAGGGUGAUGGGGAGGGGAACCAAUGUGCCAGCCCCUCACUGCAGGGUUCUAGGCAAACCUCAGUUUCAUCCUUUGUGAAAUGGGGGAUGGUUACAGCAUCUACCUGAGAGCAGAAUUAAGGACUAGUCACUGAUGGGUGUGUGUAGUCCUCAUCUAAGGCAAAAAGCGUUUGAGGAAUGGUAGGGGAGGGUAUUUGGAUAUUCUGGGGGCGGGGGGAGGAGUGGGCUGCAGUGUGCACUAUGGUGGGGCAGGUUGUGGGGAGUUCUUAAAGGCUUUCGUGUUAAUAUAUUCCAGGGGGACAGGGUGGAAGGCUCUUGUCUGUAUUCUGGGGGAGUGCAGGGUGAAGGGAGGGGGAUUCUAGCCAGCUAAAACUCACCUGGCGGGGAGUAGUCACUCAGGCCAAGCCAGUGUGUGUAUGAGAGGUGUUGGGGGGCAUAUACUGUGUAGGACAGGCCAGCUAGGUCCUGGCCAGGCCGGAAUAUGUGAUGUUGGCGGAAGACGCUGCCGCAGACAGUGCGGGAGCCCAGCGUGGAAGAUUCUCAGCUUCCACCCUAGGGCGAGGACUGUGAAAUCGGAGAUAUCCAGGGAGGCUAUUGGGUGGAGGAGGAGCCAGGGACAGUGAUGUAACCCUGGAAACCGAGAGGGGAGUCACCUUAGUGAAAGAUGAGAGGGAAAGGCCCCAGGGUCGGAAAGCUGAGUGUGCUUGUGCGUGUGUGCUUGCGUGCGUGUGCGUACGUAUAUGCGCGUGUGCGCUGAAGCCAUGAUGUCACGAGGCCCGAGAAAUGGGGUCAGGUGUGUGGGCCAGAGUGGGGUGCUGGGGUGUGCACGCAGAGCGCUCAAGGUUGAAGGGCUGACGUCACGGGUUGGCGAGGGCGGGGCCUGGAAUGCAGGGUCUGGAAGCUGAGGCGAAGAGCUAGGAGAGUCUUGGGACUGGAACCAAACCAGCAACCAGGAUGGGCCACUGGUCACAGAGCAAGGACGGAGGAUGCAGUGACACUGGCCAUGGACCAGCCAGCUGGCCUGCAGGUGGACUACGUCUUCCGGGGUGUGGAGCAUGCCGUGCGGGUGGUGGUGUCUGGGCAGGUGCUAGAGCUGGAAGUGGAGGACCGGAUGACGGCUGACCAGUGGCGGGGCGAGUUUGAUGCCAGCUUCAUCGAAGAUCUGACUCACAAGACGGGGAACUUCAAACAGUUCAACAUCUUCUGCAACAUGCUAGAGUCGGCUCUCACCCAGAGCAGUGAGUCGGUCACCCUUGACCUACUGACCUACACAGAUCUGGAGUCCUUGCGGAAUCGCAAGAUGGGGGGCCGCCCAGGCCCCUUGGCCUCCAGAUCGGCCCAGCUCAACUCCAAGCGCUACCUGAUCCUCAUCUACUCUGUGGAGUUUGACAGGAUUCACUACCCGCUGCCCCUCCCGUACCAGGGCAAGCCAGACCCUGUGGUCCUGCAGGGCAUCAUCCGCUCACUGAAGGAGGAGCUGGGCCGCCUUCGAGGGCUGGACGGCCCGGAUGCUCGGGACACGCGGGAGACGGAGAUCUGGCACCUGAGGGAGCAGGUUUCACGCCUGGCAUCUGAGAAGCGAGAACUGGAGGCCCAACUGGGCCAGUCGCGCGAGGAGGCUCUGGCCGGGAGGGCAGCGCGCCAGGAGGCUGAGGCCCUGCGAGGGCUCGUCCGGGGCCUGGAGCUGGAGCUGCGGCAAGAGCGGGGCCUCGGACACCGCGGGGUCGGCCGCCGCAGCCAGGAUUGCCGGCGCCUGGCCAAGGAGCUCGAGGAGGUGAAGGCUUCGGAGCGGAGCCUGCGCGCCCGGCUUAGGACGGUGAACACCGAGCUGGCUGUGUACAAGAGGGGGAGACGGACUCCGCCGGUGCCGCCGCCCCGGGCGCGGGAGGAUCGGGCUUCAUCAUCGCGGGAGCGCUCCACAUCGCGUGGUCGCGGUGCGACCCGCUCUUCUUCCCGGGAGAGUGGCCGGGGGGCCCGGGGUAGAGGCCGCCCUGCCCGCCCCUCACCCUCGCCUACAGGUAGUCGCGCGCCACGUUUCGACCCUACAGCCUUUGUGAAAGCCAAAGAGAAGAAGCAGAGAGAGAUCAAAAUGAAGCAGCAGCAGCAGCGGAACCGACUGGGCAGCGGAGGAAGCGGGGACGGUCCGUCCCUCUCCUGGUCUCGCCAGACUCGGCCCCCCGCUGCCGUGAGCGGCCGAGGGGACGCAGCUCACCGCUCUCGAAACCGCAGCUCCUCGGUGGACAGUUUCCGCAGCCGCUGCUCGUCCGCCAGCUCCUGCAGCGAGUUGGAGGAUUUCUCCGAAUCCCUUCCUAGAGGCCUGUGCCGCCGCGGGAAGCCUCCCAGCCCCACAACCUGGGGUGGGCCCAACAUGCAGCAGAAGUCCACCCCUUUGGAACGCGGCCACCAUCAGAGACGCCUGACCAGUUCAGGAGGCUGGGUCCCUAUGAAAGAAUACAGCUCCGACCACCAGGCGGCGGACAUGGCCGAAAUAGACGCGCGCCUGAAGGCCUUGCAGGAAUAUAUGAACCGACUGGACACACGGUCGUGACCCCCACAGGGAGUACAACCCCUCCAUCCCCCACCCCCUGCUGGAUUCCCAGUGGGGGCGCUGGUGGGCGUGUCCUUCCAGCCCCGCUCAGGCUCCUCCCCUGCUGGUGCUCACAGGGGGUUUCAGGUGUGUGAAGCCUUGAUUUCCCCCCCAUGCACUGCAUGCUGGGAGGGAGGGUAUGUGCAUUUUGUAAAUAAACGUAUUUGCCUUUGGGAUCCUUCAGCUUA